CCAUAGCCGAUUAUACAAAUCUGUAACACCAACUACAUACUGUCAUUUUAGCAAUACGAAAAGUGGAACAAGCAAAAUUAUUUCAAUGAACGAAGUUACUACAACGAGACCAAGUAACGGUAACGCGGACUCAGCUUCGAAACUUCAAAAUGAAGAACCAGCAACCGGUGGUUAUGCGGAAAUUGCAGUUAGGGCUACAGAAGAAAAUGCCCCCAUCAACCUCAAAAUUUCAAAACGAAGAAGAAGCAACUGAUGGUUAUACUAAAAUGUCGUUCAAUGGGAUAAAAGAAAAUACCAUAUCAUUCCCAAAAUCAAGUUCACAAAUGCAAACGAAAGAGAGCAAGCCUAUCGCGCCUAACACGCCGGUGAAUGCAGAGGAAGACUCCAGUGCCUACGCGAAUGUGUCGGCAAACCGUCCGGCAUCAAAUUCCUCCGAUACUUCUAUCAGCACUUCUGAUUUGGAAGAGGUUUAUAAUUCAAUGAGAAAAAAAGAAAACUCGCAGUUUUUUGAUCAAUUUCAGAAAAUUCUUCUAGAAUCCACCAAACUCGGAGGGCCUAAAAAAUUUGCUUCUAAUCCAGAUUUGAAGAAAAAAAACAGAUACAGAAAUAUUCUUCCAUGGUCACAACAAGCGACGUAAAUACAUCGCAACGCAGGGACCUCUUGCAACGACUGUUGAUGAUUUUUGGCAGAUGAUAAUUGAGCAUAAAUGCUAUUUGAUCGUGAUGUUGACAAAGGAAAUGGAGGCCGGGAAG